AUGUUUAUGAGCCGUCUUCGAAAGAUGGCUAUAGGAGGUCCAGUGACGACAGACCGACCAGCUCACGACUAUGCUAGUUUCAAACGACAAUACAAGCUUGGUGCAGAGCUAGGCCGAGGUGGAUUUGGUACUGUAUAUUGCGGCUUUCGUAUGGUUGACAACCUUACGGUUGCUUGUAAAUAUGUGAUGCGAGCAAACGUAACGGAAUGGGCUUGUAUGGAUGGACGAGUCGUACCGCUUGAAAUCGUUUUACUGAUGAGGUGUCGAGGAAUCCCUGGAGUAAUCCAGACGAUUGAUUGGUUUGAACGACCUGAAGGCUACAUGAUUGUCAUGGAACGACCCAGCCCAUCCACUGAUCUGUUCGACUAUAUUUCUGAAAGGGGUGCCCUUACAGAGAACGUGGCUCGUGACUACUUCCGCCAGGUUGUGGAUACUGUGUUGGCAUGCUAUCGAGUAAAUGUUAUCCAUCGCGAUAUAAAGGAUGAGAAUCUGGUGGUAGACAUGAAGAAUGGUGUGGUCAAAUUAAUUGAUUUCGGCUCUGGCGCCUUCCGCAAAGAGGGACCCUACACUGACUUCGAAGGAACUCGCGUCUACAGUCCUCCGGAGUGGAUCGAAGAGUCGCGUUAUGAUGGCCUUGAAGCUGCGGUGUGGUCUCUCGGUAUACUUCUCUUUGAUAUGGUUUGUGGAGAUAUUCCUUUCCGUAAAGACUCAGAGAUCUGCAAUGGACAUCUACAAUGGAGAAACCAGCUCUCUGAAGAAUGUAAGGACUUGAUUCGACAAUGCCUUGCUCGAGAAGGCUGUGAUCGUCCCACUUUUGAAGAAAUUCUCGAGCAUCCCUGGAUGCAGGUGCCACCAGAAGGCGUAGGAGCUGCCAAGAACGAGCUGAAUGUAGGCCGUCACAAACUAGCAAGUGUCCCAGAUCGCCUUGUUACGGAGGCUCAGGCUCAUUCACAUCCACGAGUCCCACUGACUGCAACGCGAUCUGAUCAAUUCCUGCUCACUCCAUCAUCCAGUACCACUUCUACAUCGACGUCUAACUCGGCAGCUAUUUUCGAAGGCGCCACUCUUGAAAGAGUACCCCAUCCCGAGGUGCCGCCAUUUACGACAAAUCCACGCUUGCUCACUGGCGGUCCAAUUGGCUCGCCUUGUCGUCGCUACCCCAUACAACCGCGUCAGACUGUCGUAAUUGCUCCACAUGCAAAUGUGACCAGCCAGUCGUCGGCAUCGAUAGCAUCACAGUGUGCUGUCAUUUCACCAUUGACAUCCUUGUCUCGGGAUCAGCAAGCUGAACGGAAAGAUUCUUUUGGUUCUAUGUGUACUG